AUAUACAUAUAUAUACACACACACAGUAUAUCUAUAUAACGUCCUCUGACGUCAGCAUUCAAUACAACAACAGACGAGUUAACGCUGAACACGGAGAACUGACAACAAAUCCUCUGGAAGAAGAGACAAACUACCGUCUGAAGAACAAACAGGGGUCCUCCAGCCCUACUGCAUGCUGGGAGUCCCGUCUGUGUGUGCAGCUGCUGAAGAUGACCGUGCUGAACCUGUCCUUUGCUGCAUGUGGUUUCUUGGGGAUCUACCACCUGGGUGCUGUGGGGGCCUUUCUCCGCCACGGGGACAAGCUGCUGGGCUCCCUCGGGGCCUGUGCAGGGGCCUCGGCCGGGGCCCUGGUGGCCGCUGUGCUGCUCACGGCUCCUGAGAAGCUGGAGGACUGUAAAGACUUCACGUACAGGUUUGCUGACAGCGUGAGACAGCAGCGCUUCGGAGCUGUCACCCCGGGAUACGACUUCAUGCUCACACUGCGGGAGGGGAUAGAAGACAUCCUGCCCAGUGAGGCUCACCGUCUGGCCUCUGACCGCCUCCACGUCUCCAUAACACACUACACAAGUGGCAGGAACCACAUCAUAUCCAGGUUCACCUCCAGGGAGGAGCUCAUAAAGGCUCUGCUGGCCAGCAGCUUUGUUCCCGUCUAUGCUGGACUCAAACCAGUGGAGUUUAGAGGACAGAAAUGGAUUGAUGGAGGGUUCACUGACAGCCUGCCUAUUCUGCCCACGGGACGCACCAUCACUCUGUCUCCUUUCUCUGGACUGCAGGACGUGUGUCCCGUCCACAGGGGGCGCUUCAACACCCAGCUCAGACUGGCCAACAUGAACGUGAUGUUCUCCGUGGAGAACAUCAAACGUCUGAACCGGGCUCUGUUCCCUCCGUCGAGCUGCAGCAUGCAGUCUUUAUGUGGAGAAGGCUUCAGUGAUGCUGUGAGCUUCCUGAAGAGGGAGGACUGGACCAGCUGACGGUCCCAAGUCAUCAUGGAAAGAACUGACUCCAAGACAGCAGAGUAACACUUCAUUUGAUUUAUUCCCUGGGAUUUUAGUUUUUAUUAAAUAAUAGUUAUUCAAAAAAUCAACAGUGAGUGUUUCCUUUGUUGGUCUGUUUGGUGAAAUCUACUAACUUAACUAAGUCCAUAUAAUGUCUGUAGACUUCUACAUUUAACUUUGCUUUCCUAAACACGAUGAAGACAAAGAGGUGCCGAUAACGUGCAGGACCUUUGAGCUCUGAGGACAUUCUGUCUGGAGAUGAUUGACAAACAGCCCUUUGCUGCUUGAUCCAUCUCAUUAUAAACGGUAGAUGGACUCUACUUGUAAAGUGCUUUUCUAGUAUUUCACACUUUCGAAGGCCGCCAGAUCGAGAAGCCAGUCGACUACCUCAGAGCGGCCUGGAAGGAUGCUGGAAUGAAGGGGGAUAUAACCUUUAAUAAGGGUCGCAGCAGUGUCUCCACCCAAGCCAACCGAUUCCUGACAGCGGAGGGGAAGGAGCAGGUGGCCAAGUCAAUGUGCCAUGACGUCCGGACCGCCGAACGAUUUUACGUGGCUCUGCCAGAUAAGGAGACAGGGUUCAGGACCAGGAAACUGAGAAUGGAGGCCCUGCUGAAGGCAAGUCAUGACGAAUCUGAAGACCCUAGUCAUGAAGACCCUAGUCAGGAAGACCCUAGUCAUGAAGACCCUAGUCAGGAAGACCCUAGUCAGGAAGACUCGGCUGAAGAGUCUACUGAUGAAUCACAUGAGGAACAGGAGGCGCAGCGAAACUGAAUUUAGUGAGUCAUCACUGUCUUCCGAGGACAAAAAAAAAGCCUAUGCCAAAAGCAACACUACGUCCAAGCGUAGAGAAGUGAUUGAAGAUAUUCCCGCCUCACCCCUGCCCAUCUGCAAAGAGGAGUUUAUCUUUCCCGUUAGAUACACCUCCAAUGGUGAAGUGCCGGGUUGUACUCCGCCGCCUGGAUGAGGGCACUACUGACUGCAAAACCCUAAUUGUUCCCAACUGACCCUUCCACUGAUUUCCCUGUACAGGCCUCAGUGCCUCAGGUGAAAACCGAGAACAUUACCCCAGUUAAGCCAAGGAUCUUGGGAAGGUGUUGGACCGUCAUUGAGGAGAGUCCCGGAUGUCUGGCAGACAACCCGGUUGAGCAGACUCCUGGGUGUCUGGCAGACACCCAGUUGUAAGAAACCCUGUUUGUGCACGUUCCCAUGUCAGUUAAUUUUAAUAUAAAUGUUAAAGUCAGCAGUUUUGCACCUUGAAUGUUCAAAAAUGUUUAAAAAAAUGUUCUAAUAAUGUUUCUUAUCUUUCUA